AGGUUUCAGGAAGUGAUCAAAGAAGAAGAAUUUCUAGAACUGGAUCCUAAAAGCCUGAGGACUGUCCUAAAAGAGGAGGACCAGGAAGUGGCGGCGGAGGCAGUGGUCAGGUGGCUGGGCCAUGACCCUCUCAUGCGAACGAAACAUCUCUCCUCCCUGGCACUGGAUAUCGACCCAAUGAACCUCAGCGAUGCCUUGCUGAAAAUACGUGGUUACAAUGAGCUAAAUGACUCUGACAGCCUCCUUUCCAUGUUUACCCUAGCGCCCAUGUUCAAACAGGCCUCCAUGGGGUUUAAUAGGAUGAGAUCCAGCUCCAAGAUGAUAGUCAUUGGGGGUUACCAUUGGCGCCCUUUGUCUGAGGUUCAGCGCUGGGACCUUCUAAGUGGGGAUUGGGUUCAGGCUAAAGACAUGCCGGAUCACUCCAAGGAGAGCUAUGCGGUGGCCUUACUGGGCUGUACCAUUUAUGUGAGCGGAGGGUACAGAACCAACACCACACAGGUGUUGGAUACAGUCUGGGAGUACAACAGCGAUUCUGACUAUUGGACUGAAGGGCUGCCCAUGUUGACUGCCAGGUACUACCACUGUUCUGUGGCCUGUUGUGGCUGUGUGUAUGUCAUGGGAGGCUACAGAGGAGCUUCAGCAAUGCCGCGGACUGAACUGUUUGAUCCACUGAAAAGGAGGUGGAUGGCUGUAGCUGAUAUGGUGCAUGGUGUAGGGAACGCCUCUGCGACAGUGUUGGGAAACAACAUCUACAUAGCAGGUGGUAAUUAUGGCUUCAAGGGCAGCUGCAGCUACAACAAGAUCCAGAGUUACAAGGCGGACAUCGACCAGUGGAGUAUCCUAACCACUUGCCCCCAUCCAGCAGAGUAUGGGAUGUGCCUAGUGUCUUUGAACAGCAGCCUGUACCUGGUAGGGGGCCAGACCACCCUCGCAGAUCGCUUCGACCCAGACACAGAAGAAUGGAUCCCGCUUGCCAUGAUGAAGGAGGGGAGGAUAGAGUGCGGGGCGGUGGCCAUGCUGGGCUGUGUGUACGUCACUGGGGGCUAUUCCUGCUCUAAAAGGACCUACCUGCAGAGUGUGGAGAAAUAUGACCCUCACACAGAUACGUGGGACAUAGUCGGAGAUCUGACAGAAGCAGCACGCUUGCAUGGCUGUAUCUGUGUUUAUAAUGACAUGUAGUGUGGAAAGAGUGGCAAGUCAAACAUACUGCAUCAUCACCUUCUCUUGGAUUGUAGUGCCAAUAGGGUAAACUGGUUGAAUAGCUCCCAGUUAGGCAGUGAUGUACCACCUAGUUUGAGUUUUAUUUGUUCAAUCAGGAGACAACAGCGGCAUUUGCCGGUGGCUGAUGGCAUAAGCCACUGUGGUACAGCGGCAUAAACUAAUCCCCUGGCGGCACUGGCCGCUCACUACACCGACCAGCCACGGUGGCUGAUGGCAUAUGCCACUGUGGUACGUUAAUACAUCCAUGGAAUAAGUCACUACGGUAG